CCACUUAAGAGGGCGAUCGGGAAGGCUUCUCGAGGAAAAGGCUACCUCCUCGCUUUCUUUGCCGCUUACGGGACUUGGAGCGUGUUGGGCCGGCACUGCCUGGCACCGCCUCGCACCGCCCCGUCAGGAAGCAGCUGUCUUGAUCGCCUUGCGUCGGCCUGCUCCGCCGAGUGUCCAAAGGCGGCUGUGAGCGUUGCCAUGGAGGGCCGGGGACAGGCUGAGCCGAGUAUUCUACCAUCAAAAGAGUGUUGUUCAAAGAAACAUGAAAUCAGAUCAUGAGGACAGAGAAGGUUUUAUACCUGGGACAUCAAAUAUGUCACCAGAGGAAAAAAUGGCAGACACCGGGAGUCGCAGUUAUGAUAUUAUCGGAGAUGUAUCUCCAUGUCCUGAGGUUUGGGAAAAUGCUGAUAUAAAACCUAGCCAAGAAGCCUCCAGGAAAAAACUAUGUGGCUAUUUGUAUAAAUGUUCUUCUAAAGCACCAAUCAAGACCUGGAAGUCACGCUGGUUUUGCUAUGAUGAAAAUAAAUGCUACUUGCUAUACUACAGGACAGCACAGGAUAUUAAUCCUUUGGGAAGCAUAGAGAUUUCCAUUGCGAGUUUUGAUCUGAAAGUGGGAGCAGAUGAGGGUAUUUUUGAAAUCAGCACUCCCAUCAAAGACUUUAUUCUGAAGGCUGUCAACAAACAAGCCAUGAUGUAUUGGCUACAACAACUGCAGCUGAAACGCUGGGAAUUUUGUAAUAAACAGGCAAAGGGUUUUGUUGAAGCCAUACCAUCUUUUCCUUCCAUAAAUGAGGCCCAGCAGAGCAACACUGAGGCAGAACAGGAUUUUUUACCCCCAGUGAAAACACCCACUGAUGUAGUUGGCAUAAAGGCAGCUUCUCUACCAGCACCACCGACUUCUAUUGCUCUUCAAAACAUCUCUCUCAAGCAUCCUUGGAUUGAAAUUCAAAAUACAGUGCAUAACCUGUGUGGCAGCCGUCAGAACCGACGAGACAGUGGUAGUUUUGAGGAUAAUUUUGAAAUUAUUGCUGAUGAAGAGCACCUAAAAGGAGAAACCGAGGAUACAGUCAUGGCAGAGAUGCAGAAGGACACAAAAAUGAGACCAAAGCCAUCAACACUCCAAAAAUACAAAAAAGCAAACAGCAGUUUUCAUUAUUUUGUUGAAGGAGCAGAACAGGGAAAAAUAGCUUCUCUUCAGCACCAAGUUUUGAUUCUUACAGAAGAAGUAAAAUCUCAGAAGGAACUGGUCAAACUUCUCCACAAAGCUCUGGAGGCAGCUCAGCAAGAGAAACGAGAGUCCUGCAGAUAUCUGGUCACAGAUACGGAAAAAGACAGGCUGGAAUUAGUGCGCCACAAAGUGAGGCAGAUUGCUGAGCUGAACAAACAGGUUCAAGUGCUAGAGAUGGAAAAGAAAGACCUGGAACAGGAGGCUGCUUUGAAGGAGGAGCACCUCAAAGAGCUGAGAGAACAUGUGCAACUCUUGAUGGACAAAAAUGAAGCAAAGCAACAAGUCAUCCUCAAGCUGACAGAACAGCUCACUAGAGAGUUGCCCGACUCUGUUACUGAGGCGGACAGCAUCAUGACGGAGAUUGAACACCUAAAGGAUGAUCUUGAGGCAUACAAGACUCAAAACCAAUUUUUGAACUCCGAGGUCCACCAGGUUAGCAAAAUAUGGAGCACAGUGGCACAGAGAGAAAAAAACCUUCUGAUGAAGUGCACUCAACUGCAAGCCCACAAUUGCCAGAUUGAAAGCAAGUACCUGAUGUCUCUACGGACCCUGCAGGGGCUGCCGGAUUUGUCUAAAGAACACAGGGCAUUGGUGACAGGACUCAUUGAAGAGGCACUGCAAUGGGAUAUGAAAGAAGAAACCUUGAUUCCUAUUCAGCUAAGCCCAGUCAAUCAAUAUGAUGAUUACGGGUUUUUGACAGUUCCUGAAUAUGAAGCUGCAGACUGGAAGCUCUUGGCCAAAAUCCAGGCCCUGGAGAUCAAAUGCACCAAUCUGAACAAGGAGACCACGGAGAAACCUCUCUCCGAGCGAUGGAAUAACCUUGGGGAACUGACUCCCUCCUCGGAGCUAAAAAGUUUAUUGCGGUGUGGUGUCCCAGCAAUGCAUCGUCCAAGGGUAUGGAGGUGGAUUAUCAGCCAUCGGUUAAAGCAAAUACGCUCUGCUGGUCAUUACCACAGUUUACUCAAGAAGUGUGAAAAUGCUGAGCACCCAGCUUCCCAGCAAAUUGAACUGGAUCUGCAUCGCACGCUGCCCAACAAUAGACAUUUUAUGUCACCGACUUCCCAGCUUAUUCCCAAACUCAGAAGAGUUUUACUUGCAUUCUCCUGGCAAAAUCCAACCAUCGGCUAUUGCCAAGGACUGAACAGACUGGCUGCCAUUGCCUUGCUGAUCCUAGAAGAGGAAGAAGAAGCUUUCUGGUGCUUAGUUCAUAUCACAAAUAAUUUAAUGCCUCACGAUUACUACAGCAACUCAUUAAUAGGCUCGCAAGUAGAUCAAAAAGUUUUCAAAGACAUCUUAUCAGAGAAGCUUCCCAGGUUGACAGCGCACUUGGAUCAACUUCAAAUUGACCUGUCCUUAGUGACCUUUAACUGGUUCCUGGUUGUUUUUGUCGAUAGUCUUGUCAGUGAUCUCCUCUUCAGAGUUUGGGAUGCUUUCCUCUAUGAAGGUGCAAAGGUGAUAUUCCGUUACGCACUUGCAAUUUUUAAAUAUAACGAAGAAGCAAUAUUGAAGAUUCAGGACAAUCUGGAAUUCUAUCAAUAUAUUCGUUUUUUCACCAAAACUAUCUGUGAUGGCAGAAAGUUGAUGAGCAUCGCCUUCGGUGAUAUGAAUCCGUUUCCCAUGAAGCUGCUUCAGAAUCGACGUGAAGUUCACAGAUUAAAAGUGGAAGCUGAGCUGAGAGAACUGGAGCAGCUAAAGGCCCAGUAUGUGAAGGAACAAGCUGAACAUGCAGCCAGCCAGCUAGAUGGACCCGCGAGUGAGGAGGAAGAAGAGAUGUAACUUUCAUUUACUCUCUGAUCAUCUCUAAACAUUGUCUUUGUUUGAAACAGAAAGGCAGCAGUUAUUUAUGAUAAGCAUUUGGCACCUGGUGCAAUGAAUGCAGAUGUACUGGAUAGUUUGCAAGUCCACCACAAAUAAGGGUAUAUCAUGCCUUAUUUUUAUUAUGUCUUUUCUGGAUAUUUUUGUGGUGCAGAAAAAAAUCCUGAAUUGCAUUCCACUAGAGAUUUUCUGCUACUCUGACGCUAAAUCAUAAGAAUCCCCGUAGAACUUAGUAUGAUAUACAACUACAGCCAUUAUGAUUUGUGAACCCUAAUUUAUGGCAGGCCUGCACAACUUGUGAAGAAGAAAGGACCACAUUGAUAAAUUAAGAAUACUUACAGGCUGCAUUGGAUACCGAGUGGCAGCAAGGCUGGUUGUUGGCAGCAUCACUAAAGCCUGGAGGCACUUGGCAGUGUGUCUUUUAGGGAAGCAACAGGAGAUCUGUCAUGAUGGUGGUGAUUUUUUGGUGGUAGUGAAUUUAUUGACCUUUUUAAAAAUGCUAGUGGACCUUCAAGGCUGCUUGCCGGGCUGUGUAUGGCCCACAGGCUAAAAAUGCAGGCUGAUUUUGGUCUACUAGUACCUGUGGUUCAUUCCAGUGUAGCUUUCUCAGCCAACCAUGAGUGAAGCAAAUGUGGAUUAACCUAAAGUAUGAGUCGUACUUUUAUUACGCAUAUACCAAAUUUUCCCUUUUUUGCUUUCCUCAUUUUAUAGCAGGCUUUCUAAUCAAUUGGUUUUCCUGCAGAGAUUGGACUAGAUCACUGUUUCUCAAUCUUAGCAACUCUAACCUUUUGUUGGUUGGGGAAUUCUGGGAAUUGAAAUCCAUACAUCUUAAAGCUGCUGAAAUGGGGAAACAUGGAAUUACUGGUAGAUGAUUCUUGUGGUCCAUUCAGAACUACCAUUCUGUGAUUCUAUUAGACAACCCAUGACCCCUUAGGGUUGUUUCAGAGAUAUUUCCUUACCACAUUCAUUCCUCAAUGCCUUUAACAAUGGUGCAGCUUCUAAUGUACUUGAACAGGUCUUAAAAAUUCAGGGAUAUAUUUAAAGAUGUAUCUGCCUUAAAAGUAGCCCGUAUUGAACUGUACAGCACAGUCAAACAUCCGGCGUUACCAACAGGAAACGUUUUAUGGCAUUUUAUAUUAUGUUUUAUAAACUUUCCCAAAUUUCAAUUCCAUGGAAGUCAUAGACCCUGGAUUUUGGAUACAUUCUAUAAGGUAGCUCAUUUGAGGUACCUUGGUCCAAAAAACGUUGCCCUACGAUGAACCAUUCCACCUAGUCAAAGGUUACGGGAACAAUAGUAUAUAGAUAGAUGAAUCCAGGGGUGAAAUCCAGCAGGUUCUGACAGGUUCUGGAGAACCGGUAGCGGAAAUUUUGAGUAGUUCGGAGAACCGGCAAAUACCAACUCUGGCUGGCCCCAGAGCGGGAUGGGAAUGGAGAUUUUGCAGUAUUCUUCCCCUGGAGUGGGGUGGAAAUGGAGAUUUUGCAGUAUUCCUCCUCUGCCACACCCACUAAGCCAUACCACGCCCACCAAGCCACGCCCACAGAACCAGUAGUAAAAAAAAUUGGAUUUCACCACUGGAUGAAGCUAUAUACUAUAUAUUUCAGUUGUUUAUAGAUAGAUGAAUCAAUGCUUUGUAGAUUUCAGAAUGGAGAGGGGAGAAAAGUACCUAAACAGGAAGGUUCUUUCUUAGUGAUAUUUGGUGAUAUUUUUUCAGCACUUUAUCCACAAAUUUUUGCACUUGGGGCAUAGAACAUAGAAUCAUAUGACUGGAAGAAGACCCUGGAAGUCUUUUAGUCCAAUCCACUGUACAAGGCAGGAGGCCUUAUACCAUCCCUGUCAAAUGGUUGUCCAGCGUAUUUUUGAAAAACCUCCAUGAUGAAGCACCCACAACUCCAGGAGGCAAGCUGUUCCAUUGAUUAAUUGUUCUCAUUGUGCAUCUUCUUUCCCCUUUUUCUGCUACUAAUAGAUAAUUGUAACACCUGGAAUGCAGGUCCUUACCCAAAGAGAUAAGAGCCAAGUGAUGUAUUCAUUAGAUUAAAAGCAAGAAUGCAAAAGGCGUGGGGGGGGGGUGCCCAGGUGAGUGUUGCCUCUCCCCACCUUCGCCCAUUUUACCAUUUCCCACUACCAGCUUCUUCUUACAACAGCCUUGGUGGUGUUUCCUGCUUCUUCUCCAACCCUGCACAUCUUCCUACCCCUUGUAACCAUUCUGUAAAUCCUCCCCCAAAUCUUUUCCAUCUCAUUCAGUCAUUAGGAUUGAAGCAUUUUAUUUAUUUAUUUAAAUUGAAGGAGCAGCAAGUCAGAUGUUUUGCUCCCCAAAAAUCCUUUUUCCACCCUUUGGGGUGGCCAUAACAAAGUAGAAGUACUCGUUUUACUUUGAAAGUGAUGGGAGACAUAGGAAGCUGUUUCUGUGUCACCUAAAAAAAAACUUGCAGAACAUUUAUUGUUAAAAGUUAUCUUCAGUGUUGUACCACCCCCUGCUGAUAGGCUGUGGACCUGCAACAAAAACCCUACCACUAAAUAAAAAAAUAAAAUGGCUUCAUUCACUUUGAUCCCAACCAUGUCCAUUGCGCAUAGCAUGCUGUGCAAAGCCUAUCCCUGCGGUCAAAUAGCAGUUGACAUAGGAAGAUUAUUUCUUCAUAGUCUGUUCCAUGCUAGAUCCCUCUAAGGGGGAUUUAAAAUCUCAAGAAUUACUCUUUGUUAGCUCAAGAUCCUAUUUCUGUGUGUAUUUUAAUGAGGUAGUUAAUUAAGUGGUGCAUAUCUGUCAUUCUUUUCCUCCUCAAUUAUGUAAACAUUUGCCAAGGACUCCAAUCUGAAAUCUCCCAUUCUAUGAUUGGGGUUUAACUUAACAAGUGCAAUUGUCUGUGCUCAAAUUAGCAUCCUGUCUGAGAAUGGAAAAGACUACAGAAGACGGCCUGAGGCAGAACUUUCUGAGAAGGCAAAGCCUUAUGCAAGUCCUCAAGAAUUGACAUUUCAAAAAAAAAUAAAUAAAAAUCAGGGGAAACUGUAAUGUAUUUGAAUUUUAGGAGGGAAAUUUGGGCGGGAAAAUGCACGUUGCUGAUUGGCUGAUGCCUCAGCCAAAAUGCUAUUUAAAGAGGGGUUUUUGCCUAUUGGCUUUUGCUGGGAUCACAAUAAACUACAGAGCUGUUGUCACUUGUAUCAUCUCCUGCCUCGUCAUUGCCCGAACUUAACAUUGGCGACGAAGGUGGGAUUUUGAAGGCAGCGAGACUAGGAAAAGAGCUGAAGGAGUGACUUAGUUUAAAACCCAGCCAGUAGUAAGAGCGGAUACAUAGCGAUGUCUAGCUAUACACCGCCAGCGCCAUUCGACCCAGCCAAGGAGAAAUGGGG